CCUGUGGUCACUUACUCCAAAGGCCCAGACAUUCAAAGUGCAGAGACCCAGCCACCGCGCCUUUCUUUUUGCCCUGAGAAAGGAGAAGAAAUGAAAGUGGGAGGUGUUUCCAUCACUCCGCAGAAGGAGUGUGCCUGGGUUGCGAUCUGCAGGGAUGGGAGGCUGCUGGUUGUUACCCUCCUGCUGGCUCUGAUGUCCAGCGGCCUCACGGUGGUGUCCUUAUACCGGUUUGCUGCUCUGCAAGCCGACCUGAUGAGCCUCCGCAUGGAGCUGCAGGGCUACCGGGAUGCACUAGCAUCAGCUGCCCCGGGGGCUCCAGGGGCCACCGAAGCAACCAAACUCCUGGCACCGGUAGCUCCAGGAGCCCACAACUCCAGCAUCGGCCACAGGAACAGACGCUCUUUCCAGGCUCCGGAGGAAACAGUCACUCAAGACUGUCUGCAACUGAUUGCGGACAGUGACACGCCGACGAUCCGAAAAGGAUCUUACACAUUUGUUCCGUGGCUUCUCAGCUUUAAAAGAGGAAGUGCCUUGGAGGAAAAAGAGAACAAAAUAGUGGUGAAGCAAACGGGUUACUUCUUCAUCUACAGCCAGGUCCUAUACACAGAUACUAUCUUUGCCAUGGGACAUCUCAUCCAGAGGAAGAAAGUUCACGUCUUUGGGGAUGAGCUGAGCCUGGUGACCCUGUUCCGAUGUAUUCAGAAUAUGCCGAGAACGCUGCCCAACAACUCCUGCUACUCGGCUGGCAUUGCCAGACUUGAAGAAGGAGAUGAGAUUCAGCUGGCGAUCCCUCGAGAGAAUGCACAGAUUUCCCGGGACGGAGAUGGCACCUUCUUCGGUGCCCUGAAACUGCUGUGACCCACUUGCUGGAUCGUGUGGCCCCUUCGCUCCUCUCUUCUGUACCUCCGAGGGGAAAGUGAACCACUGGAAAUACCAAAAGAGGGGGAAGCCACCACCAGACCUUUGCUUAUGAGCUGUUUAUUUUGGUUCACUGAAUCUGGUCCAACACAGGAAAUUUAACAGACAACCACAAUCAAAGUCUGUCCUGUGAAUGACGAGAAAUGGAGCCCGCAUUCCUAACGCCAGGACCCGGGAGGCAGGCUGUGCUCCGCAGUCUAUGCCAGCACACACCUUGCCCUCGCUUCUCUUGGGAAACGCGGUUCAGAAGGCAGGAAGAUUUCCUCAGAGGUGGGCUUUCGUAAUUCCCGGUGAGAAGAGGGUCCGAAUCUGUGGGUCAUUGAAACAUUCGUGCAAAGUCUCAGGAUUUAUCUUCUCUUUUCACAAUAAAUAGACUCUUCUCUUUUCCAGUUAACACUAGGGAAAGUUUUGUUUUUCGUUUUUGUUUUAAUCUAGGAGUCUUGAACUAGUCAUAGACAAAAAUACUUAAUAGAAGUUCAGUUUUUGUCAGUUUAUUAAAAUAAACUUAAUUUAAAAUGUGUAAGCAUCAAGUAAUUAGAAAAGAUCUGACUGUUGAAGUUUUCUUGUUUCAGGUCAAGUGUGCAAUUGUUUCUAACAUCAAAGUCUUUUUCAUGGGAGGAAAGGAUUCCCUCAUUUUGGAUCAUAUAUGUAUUUUGUAAUAACUUUCAGUUGCUUUACACAAUGUUCUUAUAGACGCAUCCACAGAAGCUACUAAUGAGAAACUGUAGUUGCACUCACAGAAACCCCACUUUGA